UUGUCAUUUGUCAAGUACAAAAACAAAUCAACAAAAAAUUUACCCCAAUAACACGAAAUAAUAAAAUUUCAUGAUCUUGAAACAUUAUUCUUCCAAAAAAUUUGGAGCACAUCCAUGGCAUAAGUUAAAUCUUGUAAUUCCUAUUCUGUUGUCAACUAUGGCUUGGAGAAGUCACGGAGUUAACAAUGCUGAUUUGGUGCGAAACCUUCGAGUGAAUGGCAUUAUUAAAUCGGAUGUAGUUGAGAAUGCAAUGAAACAAGUGGAUCGUAAAAACUAUUGCCCUUAUGCACCGUACCAUGAUUCUCCGCAAUCCAUUGGAUAUUCUGCUACCAUCAGUGCUCCACACAUGCAUGCGCAUGCCUUAGAAAGACUUAAGAUGCAACUGAUUCCCGGAGAGAAUGCAUUAGACGUUGGCUCGGGGUCGGGUUACCUGACUGCGUGUAUGGCGAUCAUGGUCGGAGAGUCCGGGAAGGUGGUUGGCAUUGAACAUAUACCUGAACUGGUGACCUUAGCAACAAAGAAUAUAAAGAAUGACAACCCAAGCCUACUCACUUCGGAGAGAAUUAAAUUGAUUGUUGGUGAUGGUCGCUUGGGAUAUCCGGAAGGGGCUCCGUACAACGCCAUUCAUGUUGGAGCGGCGGCACCUCAUUUACCGCAAGCUUUGGUGGAGCAGCUGAAACCUGGUGGGCGUCUUAUAGUUCCCGUGGGGCCAGAAGGAGGGGAGCAACAUCUCACCCAGGUGGACAAAGCCGCUGACGGAACCACGACGGUCAAAAAGCUGAUGAGUGUCAUUUACGUGCCUCUGACUGACAAAGGUCACCAAUACCGUGAGUGACGCUAUAUAUCGAUAGUCGUAGUGAUGGUACUCGUAGUGACGGUAGCUUUCGUAUACUGGCGGGAUGGGGCUUGUAUCGAUACUUCAUAAUUAAAAAAAAUGAUUUUGUCUACUGUAAAAUAUUGAGUACAGAACAUUAAUACCGUGUGUGACGCUAUAUAUCGAUAAUCAUAGUGAUUUUCUUGUAGUUACGAUAUCUUUCGUUUACUGGUGGAAUGGGAUUUGUAACGAUACUCCAUAAUUUAAAAAAAGAGUUUGUCUACUGUUUAUUUUAUUUAUUUAUUUAUUUUAUUUUAUUUGAUGAAACUUUAAUUUUAAUAUUAUCACUAAAUAAAGAUCAUCACUAUUUUGAGUGACGCUGUACCUAUAUCGAUAGUUGUAGUGAUGUAAUCGUAGAUUCGAUAUCUUUUGCUUACUAGUGGGAUGGCAAUUGUGUAGAAUAUUCAAAAAUAAAAAAAUUGUCUGCUCCUCAAUUAAAUUGCUCUUUUUAUUGUUACAAUACUUUAAAAAAAAAAACAAUAAUUAUGAGACGAUAAUAUUUUUUUUUAUUUUAAAUUUUCACUACUUCCUUGGCAAGGGCUUGUUAUUAUUUUUAAAUUUUGCAAUACUUCAUGUGCACAAAUAUAAAUGUGUAAAACUUAGAAGAAAUACUCAUAAACGGAAAACAAGGCUAGGUCGUAAUAAUAAUUAAGAUAGCUUAUCAUAUUAAUAAUUAACUUAAAAAUAUAAAACAUUGCAAUACAAGGAAAUUGAACUAAUUAAUUCAUAAGAAUCUAACCAAAAAUAUUUAACUUUCGUCAAUUAUUUUAUUAAGUAAUAAAAGUAUUUAUUUAGUGUCAAACGCUUGUAAUUUUAUUUAAUUUUUAUUGAAUUAUAUUUCAUUGGCAUCCUAAUAAGUUUAAACAAUAAUAACAUAAAAUUUAUAGUCCUAGAGUUUCAAGACUUUUCGUUUUUAAUUAAAUAUAAUAAAGAUCCUAUAUAUUUGUUAUUGUGCAUUUUCUCAUUCUUGUGUUUUCAUUAGGUACUAGACUAAUGUCGAACCAUUUGUAUUAUGUAAUACUAAAUGUAUCAAUUGAUGUAUGGAUUUAACUUGUAAUAUCUAGCUGUAACUUAUAAAAUUAGCGAAACAGUUAAACUGUCAUAUUCACAUUACGAAAUAGAGUACAGAUAACAGUAUUUAUCAACAAAAUUAUUUCUCAACUACCCGCAGAAAAUGUAAAGCUUGUUUUUGUCAUCAGCGCCAUCUAGUGAAAUGUAAUGUCAAUGAAAUUUGUCAUUCUGCAUCAAAGUGAUUGCAAAAGUCCAUACAUUUUUCUUUGCAAAUUUGCUCUAAAUACUCACUGGAUGUGUAUUAAAAGAUGCUAUUUUAGAAAGAUUCUAACUUUUUACUGUGUUGCACACGAUUGUUCUUAAUUGUGCGUCUGGGAAAUAAAAAUAUUGUCAAGUAUGUAUGUAGUUGUAUCUACGGGAAUAAUUAAAAAAAUCCUAAUGGCACAACGUGCAUAUCAGUUGGUCGACCAGAAAAAGUAAUCUGAAAUAAUAGGAAGAUACAGAAGACAUAUAUGAGAAUUCUUAAAACCUUUGAGGUAACUCAAAAUGCUGUUAUCUGUAAGAACUUUCAUUAAGAAAUAAUAAUUUAUUUUCAUCCACGUACAUUAUUAUUGUAUAUAUUGUAUGUGAUGUAGUUGUAAGUUCAUUCAUAUCAUCAUCAUUAAUUAGUCAUGUAACUACUUUUUGUAUUUAGAAUAAUCGGAAUGUUUUUAAUAUAUAUAUUAUCAACUUGUG